CACACUACACAUGGACGGUUAUGAUCAUUUCAAACAUCAACUAAUCAUAAAUUUAAGCAAACUUCUCACGUGUUUAAUAAAUAUUUAAAUUAAUAAUAUAACAAAAAUAGGUAGUCCACAAGUCUUCCAUCAAUUUUAACCUUUCUCAUUCACUCCACCACUACUAACCAAAAAUUAUUUCCAUGUCACUUAAUGUGUACAACUAUUUAUAUUUCCCAACUAAUUCCUUACUCUUUUAGAAGUACACAAAUUUCUUCCCUCAAAAAAAAAAAAAAAAAAAAAAAAGCCUGGUUCUUAAUCUCUAUUUCUACUAUAAAGAAAAGAAUCCGGUGCUAUUUUUUUUUUCCCUUUAAUUUGUUGGCUAAUAAUUUUGAGGGGAAAAAAAAAAAAAAACAGUAGAGUUUUUUAGACUUGAAAAUAAUGGAUAGUUUUGUUGAAGAAUACCCACUUUGUUGGGGAACGGCUGACAUCGGAAUGUAUUUCGAUAAUCAAGAAUUCGAUAGUUUGGGAUUAGAUGAAACAUUAUCAUCUUACUAUGAUUACGACUCGAGCUCGCCGGAUGGGUGUGCUUCUUCCAUGGCUUCUAAGAACAUCGUUUCGGAAAGAAAUCGUCGCAAAAAACUUAACGAGCGCCUUUACAAUCUUCGAGCUGUUGUUCCCAACAUUUCAAAGAUGGACAAAGCAUCAAUAAUCAAGGAUGCAAUAAACUAUAUAAAAGAGCUUCAUGAACAAGAACGGAGAAUCAAAUCUGAUAUAUCAGAUCUUGAAUACCGGAGAUCGAAGAAUGGAAUUGACAAUACAUGUUCAAUGAUGGAUUAUGAACAGGAGUUGCCUGGUUUACUAAUUAAGUCCAAGAAGAAGAGGACUGAUCAUCGGAAACAACAUUACGACUUCAAUGGUUGUUGUCGAACGUCUAUCAAUGACUUAGAAGUGAGGGUGUCAUACGUGGGGGAGAGGACUAUAGUAGUGAGCUUGACUUGCAGUAAAAGAGAGGGCACAAUGGUAAAAUUGUGUGAGAUGUUUGAAUCUUUAAAGCUCAAGAUAAUAACAGCUCAUAUUACUGCUUUUGCUGGGAGACUUUUGAAGACAGUUUUUCUUGAGGCAGAUGAGCUGGAAAAGGAUCACUUGAGAAUAAAGAUUGAGACUGUGAUAUCGUCAACCCACGUCUAGCGCACGUCACAGUUCUUAAAUCUUAUUGUUUAGGUGGCUGGUUUUUCUUCUUGUAAUACUUGGCUUGUAUCAAAACAAAUUUCUCCUUUCUUUUGAGUUUGGGAAAUUACUGGAGAAAAAAGAAACAAAAAAUAUUUGAUGCUUCCACUCUCGA